AAUCGGCCUACUUAUAAAUUAAAAUUAAGCAAUAGUAAGCUCAAUAUUACUACUAAAAAAACAAGCUCAAUAUUAGAAAGAGAAUUAGCCCAAUAGUGACUAGGUUAAUUUCUUUAGGCGACUAGUUUAAAAAGAGAAUCAGCCUAAUAGUAACCAGGUUAAUAAUUUUUGUCUUUAGUAUGCAAUAGCAUUUUCAGUAAGGUAUUCCAAAUCUAAAAAAAUAUCGCCUUAAAAAUAACAGUAGAAAAAACUAAGAAAGAAAAUUGACCAAAAACCCUAAAAAAGAAAUAUAACGAAAAACCCUAAAAAAGAAAUAAAAAUGUGAUUUUUAUUUUAAGGUGAUAAAUAAAUUGAUAAGAUGAUGAAACUAAUUUGGAGAUACUUUCUCCGUAAUCAAAAAAAGAUCCCUACUUGAUGUACUACUAUAUUAAUCAAGAGAAUCCAUACUCCCUUCUGAUUCUCAUCCCUCACUCAUUACUUAUUUAUUAAAUUCCCUACACUCUCUUCUUCCGUUACACAAAACCAAAACUCUCUUUUUCUCUCAACUUUCUAAACCCAAAAAACCCAAACUUUUCCAUUGAUCAUAUUCAUGGACUCUCAAGUCCAACUUAACCCAUCCCCUACCCCUUCCUCCGCCAUAACUCGGCUGAACGCCUACGUCGCGAGCAGCCGAGUUGGCAAACACUUUAAACUAACUAAACGCCGCACGACCUUCACUACGGAGGUUCGUGCCGGCACAGCCACGUUCUUAACCAUGGCCUACAUCUUAGCUGUUAACGCUUCUAUUUUAGCUGACUCAGGUGGUACUUGUUCAGUUUCAGAUUGUAUACCUCUUUGUUCUGAUUCUGUUUUCCCUGUUUCGGAUUGUCAGGGUCCUACUAGACACGUCAUCACUCCUGAUGAGACGUGUAAGUUUGACCCUGUUAAUCCUGGGUACAAAGCCUGUCUGGCGACGAUCAGGAAAGACCUGAUCGUCGCCACUGUGGCUUCGUCCCUUAUUGGGUGUUUAAUUAUGGGUAUUUUUGCUAAUUUACCACUCGCGUUGGCCCCCGGUAUGGGGACCAACGCGUAUUUUGCCUACACUGUUGUAGGCUUUCAUGGGUCUGGUAACAUAUCGUACCAAACUGCCCUUACGGCUGUUUUUAUAGAAGGAAUUAUAUUUUUUAUAAUUUCCGCGGUCGGGCUACGUGCCCGGUUCGCUAAAUUAGUCCCCAAACCUGUCCGAAUCUCAUCCGGAGCCGGAAUUGGAUUAUUUCUCGCAUUUAUAGGCUUACAAAACAGCCAAGGAAUCGGGUUAAUUGGUUACAACGGGUCAACUCUGUUAACACUUGGAGGAUGUCCGAGUUCGUCCCGAGUCGCACUCGCUCCUAUUCUAAAUUCCCAAAACGGGACCGUUUUAAUGCCAGGUGGUAGCAUCUCGGAUAAUAUAUAUUGCCUAAACCAUCGUAUGGAGAGCCCCACAUUAUGGUUAGGUAUACUUGGGUUUAUUAUUAUUGCUUAUUGCUUGGUUAAAAAAAUUAACGGAGCAAUGAUAUACGGCAUCGUUUUUGUAACGGCCGUUUCAUGGUUCCGUAACACAAGUGUCACGGCGUUCCCCCGCAAUGAAGCGGGGGACGCCGCAUUCGAUUAUUUUAAGAAGGUGGUUGAUGUACACAUUAUUAAACACACAGCUGGCGCGCUCGAUUUUAGUGGAAUUACUAAAGGGCCCUUUUGGGUAGCGUUAAUUACGUUCUUUUACGUGGAUAUAUUGGAUACAACAGGGACACUUUCGUCAAUGGCACGUUUCGCAGGUUUUAUGGAUGAAAACGGCGAAUUUGAAGGCCAAUAUCCGGCGUUUAUGAGUGACGCUUUUUCAAUUAUUGUGGGGUCACUUUUAGGAACGUCUCCCGUAACGGUAUUUUUAGAAUCGUCAACAGGUAUACGUGAAGGUGGGAGGACUGGUUUAACGGCGUUAACUGCUGCUAGUUAUUUCUUCUUAGCGUUGUUUAUAACGCCGUUAUUGGCGUCAAUUCCAGCGUGGGCAGUUGGACCACCGUUGAUUUUGGUGGGUGUUUUGAUGAUGAAAUCAGUGGUUGAUAUUGAUUGGGAUGAUAUGAAACAAGCAAUACCAGCUUUUGUUACAUUGAUAUUAACACCAUUUACUUAUUCAAUAGCAUAUGGUUUAAUUGGAGGAAUUGGGACUUAUAUUGUCCUACAAAUUUGGGAUUGGAGUGUAAUGGGCCUAAAUAAAUGUGGGAUUGUUGGUGGACUAAAGUGCAAAAAUGGUGCUGAAGUUGCAAAUAAUGGGGUUCAAGUUCAGCUUAAUGGUACCAAUAAUCAUGGUAAUGUAGAUGGAAGCAUUAAAACACUUGAGGUAUAGUACAUACUAGUUAUAGUAGUUUUUUUUUGUUUUGUAGUUUUAAAUUAGGAUAUAAAUUCUUUUUGUAAUUUUAGUUUGCUUUAUUUUAGUCUUUGGUUAUUUGAUUUUUUAGGUAAAGUUUUGUUUGAAGGGAGGAGGGUAGUAGGGUGAUUAAGGGAGAUUAGUAAUGAAUUAGAUUCAAAUUUGUACAUAUUUUAGUUAUAAAGCAAGCAAAUGUAGGGACAUUUAUAAUGGUAUAUUCUCUUUUUAGCAUGUUUAUUUAUUCCAUAGAGUUCUAUGAUUCAAUAGAUCAUCAUGAGUAUGUCAUUUUUUGUU